UAGACGAUCUCUGGUGCUAGCCGGCUAACUGGAGCUAAGUCAAAGAGACGCCAUUCGUUGGUGAAAAUCAGCCGCUCACGUCAGACUGACGACAACACCACCUGGCUUUGAGUGUACGUUCUACAUGUCUAUUUUUGUAUUCCACCUCAGGUGUCGACGCGUGUUUCUUCAUUUCUCGGCUAUUUCCCCCCCGAGCUCGGGCGUGCUGAUGUGAGCGACGCAGGAGGCGCCUUAGCGUUAGCAUUAGCAGCUAGCUUGUUGUGACACAGCGAGUGGCCGCCAUGGCGGCAGCGGGCAGCGGCAAAAGCUUCUCCUUCAAGGUGGUGCUGCUGGGGGAAGGCUGCGUGGGCAAGACGUCCAUGGUGCUGCGAUACUGCGAGAACAAAUUCAACGACAAACACAUUACGACUCUACAGGCGUCCUUCCUUAAUAAGAAGCUGAACAUAACAGGAAAGAGGGUCAAUCUGGCCAUCUGGGACACAGCGGGUCAGGAACGCUUCCAUGCGCUAGGUCCAAUCUACUACAGAGACUCCAAUGGAGCCGUGCUUGUCUAUGACGUCACCGAUGAAGAAUCUUUCCAAAAGGUGAAGAGCUGGGUGAAGGAACUGAGGAAGAUGCUGGGCAAUGACAUUUGUUUAUGUAUAGUAGGUAAUAAAAUCGAUUUGGACAAAGACAGGAAUGUUUCUACAGAGGAUGCAGAGAGCUACGCGACGUCAGUGGGGGCCAAACACUACCAGACGUCAGCCAAGCUCAACCAAGGCAUUGAGGAGCUCUUCUUGGACUUGUGUAAAAGAAUGAUGGAGGCGGCUCAGGCUGAUGAGAGGUCGAAAGGCAAUGGAGGCAACCAGGCAGCGUCGAGUAGACGAGGUGUACAAAUUGUUGAUGAUGAGCCACAAGCCACACCCACUGGAGGAUGCUGCUCAUCCGGCUGACACACACAUUGUUCCAUGGGAAGUCUUAUUUAAUGAGUUAAGUCGUUAUUGUUCUCUUCAAAGUAAAAGUAGUAACAGCUGUCUCAUGGCCUGCAUUAUGACAUCACUUCCCGUCUGGGAUUUCCCGCUUUGCUGAUCGAUUGUCUUCGACAGCUUCCUCCUCUGCAUUUUAAACCUCUUGAUUGAAAAGAAAAGUUGCAUAUUUUCAUUUAACCGACAAUAAGCCACUGAGGCCAUUUUUCCACGUUCCUGCUGACCUGCAGAAAUCACCAAUGGCGGCCUCACAUCUUAACAUGUGGACAUGUGUAUGCUUGAUUCUGUAACGGGCUUUCUUCUAUCAGACUUUUUCAGAGAUAAUUAUUCAGCUGUUUAAUAAACUGUAAUUGGGGAAAUGUC